CUCUGUCAUCCCCACUCGAACUGAUCACGUAUUUGCCCGUGGAUAAUACUCACCGUCAGCAACCAUGACAACACAGGUUCCAGAUCUCACAACAACCUUCACACCCGCCAAGUCAUGCUUCCAGUAUUACAAGUAUAGAUAUACAGGCGAUGAACUUACAUGUCUAGAUGGCGGCACCGGUGCGCCCAGCGCGUGCACUUACAUGCAGUUGGGUCCCUCAGGGAGCAACGCCGACUGCUUCCCAAGCAGCUUAGAACUCGGUUCAACCUUUUACUACUCCCCCGGUAUAUGUCCCAGCGGAUUCGAAGUUGCAUGUAGUUCGACAUUCGGCGGCGAGACGAGAGCGACAUGUUGUCCAAGUUCAUUUAGUUGUCAAACAGAGACAGACUGGCCUUGGUACAGCACUGAUCUUUGCACCAUCGCGCUCCCAAGUACGGUCGAGGUAAUAGUUUCUGAAUCAGUUAUUGGAGGAGACUGGAAAAGAACUACUGUUAGCGGAGCUGCAGCUAAUGCUAUUGGUAUUCCCAUCCGAUGGCAUUCCUCCGAUUCUGCAUCCACCACGACUGGAGCCAGGACUUCUGCAACCGGUAGCGCAACUGAAACGAUUUCUUCUUCGACUGGCACUUCUUCGAGUGAUUCUUCGUCGGAUAAUGGGAGAUUGAGCACUGGAGUCAAGGCAGGCAUUGGAAUUGGCGUUGGAGUUGCAGCUCUUGCUGGAUUUGCCGCAUUAGGCUGGUUUGUGCUUCGAGCGAGGAGGGUUAAGCAGGCAAAUACCGCCGCUACAGCUAGGGUAGAAGAGGCUAAGGAACCUCAGAUGCAGCAGCAACAGCACCCAUGGGAGCUUGAUAGUCACGAGGCUAUGUCCCCGGCGGAGCUACCAUCGGAAAGUGUGAGUUAUAUUGGGUAUAAAUAGAGUAGGUAGUAUUAGGGAAUUAAAGUAUUAAAGAAUAGAGUUUUUUCUAUCUUAUAUAAA